AUGGGCCAACCGACAGCACAACAACCAUCAGUGGCCGUAUCGACGCACACUCUCCGCGACCUCCACGACGACAGCGACGCGCACCCCGAUGGCCUGCCCCCAUCCUACGAUGAAAUCACGGCCGGCCCCUCUCAAGUGCUUCCAAGUGCCAGUGCUGGCACUGACUCUACCUCACCGCGAACCCCCGAUGUCCCUUCUGCACCGACCGUCCGCCUGAUUGACGUCGACUGCCGAAUUCCCGGCGGCCAGAAACCUACGACCAUGUCGUCACGAGUUCGGGAUUGCACUAUCGUCACGUUGAACCCAGAGCUUUCCAACAACGCGCACGAACUGUACACGACAAUCGCUCAGCAAAUCCAUAUCCCCCGCGCCCACAGCUCCGAGUCGUCCAAAAACAGGGAUAAGAAGAAGAACGAGAGUAAUCUGGUGACGGACUUUAACUUCCGUUUGGACCUGGCGGAAACACUGUUGACAGGCUGGGAACGAGCCCAAAGUGAUUCAUGUGUUACCUGGCACAAUGUCGACAUAGCCCGUGAUUGCGAUGGAGUCAAAAGAUACCGGGGCACCCGAUCGAAAACUGUCACUUGGCGGCCUCAUAAUCGGAAAACUGGUGGACAACAAGCCUCUCCAAUUCGUCUGCCGGAGGACGACCCUGAGAGCAAUCGGCCAUACAUGAACCUAGGAACUGGUCUCGGCGAUUACGAUGAGGACCAACAUCCCCUCGUUCAACCGGAUACCUACGAUGAGUCAGCUGGGCAUGAUAGAAGGUUCAAUACCAAGGCAGAUCAGGAAGACUUUAUACAGUGGUGCCGUCGAUUUUGUAGUGAUCCGUCUGCAGUCAAGUCGUUCACAUUAAAGCGUCACGUUCGCAAUUUCAACCACCAGGAGGUCAUCCGCUGCCUGAAGUCACAUAUCCGCGAUACAAACUAUCGAGGCAACAUCUACAUGGAGCUCGUAGUCGCCAAGGAAACUGUUACGAUAUAUUCACCACACUGGAUUAACAAACUCCGCAAUCACUCUGCUGUUUUUUGGAUUUGUGUCAUCCUUCAGUUAUGGAUAAUUUCCUGGCCAGUGAUCUGGCUUCUGGAGAAACGCUAUGAGAUCGUAGAUUCUUGUUGGUACGCAUCACAUGCAGUGGAAGAUGGCAACGGCUAUACCAGAUCAAGAAAAUAUGCACGGGGUCGUGACGAACGAGCGCUAGGCGAAUUUUGGGCCCCAGCCGUUAAGCAGGCUGCUUGGGCUCGUCGUCAAAACGGCGAAAUCGUUGCUCUAGAAGAUGCGCAACGGCUACAGGGCCUGACAACUGAACAAAUUCUAGUAACUGGGUUAUCCGACUCCCAGUCCGAGAUUGAACGGAGGCAGCGGAUGGAACGUGGCGAGGGUUCAUUUGUGGAUUCGGUGGUUGGGCUUGCUCGUGGUGUUAGCGAAGUCAGGCAAGGCUGGAAUAUGACUAUGGGAUGGGGUGGAAACACAUGA